AAGUGAAUUUUUGCUCCAUCUGAGACCACACUUCCAGUUACCUUCAGCUUGGAAACAUCAUCACCUUUGUCCUCUACUACAACAGACCUCUCUAGUAAGUGAAUUUUCACUCCAUCUGAGACCACACUUCCAGUUACCUUCAGCUUGGAAACAUCAUCCCCUUUGUCCUCUACUGCCAACAGAUGUCUGCAGUAAGUGAAUUUUGCUCCAUCUGAACUGUGCCUGUAAGAGUGAUCUAUAGACGAGCAAAGAAGAUUAAACAGAAGAACAAGUUGAGUUCAUAUGGAAAUUGCAAAUGAAUAUGAGUUUCGACGUGGCAUCUGUCAAUUGCUUAAAAAAAAUGCUCACGAGGAUGAUGAUGAUGGUGCGAACGCCAAGGAUAUUGAAAAUCUUGUGAGCCUAGGUUUGUCAAUGUCAAUAACAACGACAGGAUCAGUAUGCAUCUUCGAAAUCCCUGACAUUCCUCGUGUCCAAAACCAAAAAGCCUAUGUUCCCAUUGCAUUCUCAAUUGGGCCCCGGCAUCACGACAGUCCAAAGCUAAGCGCCAAUGAUAAAUUGAAAACACUGUAUACGCGAGACCUCAUUUCCAAAGACAGGAACACCAAGGCUACAUUGACGGAGUUGUCAAAAACUAAUUUGUACUCAUCUACUGAGUUUGGCCAGAAGGUUCAGGAGUGUUAUCCACAACAUUUUCAUCUAGAGUUUUAUAUUCGUCCGUAUCUAUUUUUCGAUGGUUGCUUUAUCAUCGAAUUUCUUCAUAAGUUCCAGGAUCAGAACCCUAGGGAUCCGGAUGAUCCGGUUUUCUCUUAUAUGCUCCAGUUUCUAUACCAUGACUUGAUAUUGCUACAAAACCAAAUACCCUGGUUUGUGCUUGAAGAUAUUUUUGAUAGGACUGGUGGUAUCAAUGAUAAGCCACUUCUUUGGCAUGUUAGUGCACUUCUUAAACGAAUUUUCCCAAUUGCAUUUGUACCAGCUAAGGGAAAUCUACCCAGCCAACAACCCAAGCAUAUUCUUGACCUCUUGAGGAUAUGGCUGGUUUCCCCAAUUGAAGAAGAAAGAAGGCAAAAUACAGUUGUGCGAAGAGAUGAUGUAUUAGCAAAUGGGGGGUGGAAACCCAUUCCUCCUGCAACAUUUCUUCGGAAGGCUGGAGUCAAACUCAGAAGAAAAUCAAAGGCUGACAGCAUUUUGCAGGUAACAUUUCGAAAUGGCUAUCUGGAAAUCCCCCCUCUUGAAUUUCGACAAGGAACAGAAGCUAUCUUUCGGAACUUAAUCUGCUUGGAGCAGUGUUUGAGCAACUGCCCCCAUGGAAUUACUUCUUAUGUGGCACUUAUGGGAUGCCUCAUCAACAGUACCAUGGACUUCGAUUUACUCUGUGAGGCUGGAAUUUUUGAUAACUGGAAGAAUCCUGAGGAUGUCUCCAAUUUCUUCAAUAAGGCAAUCUACCCUGGUGCUUAUGUCAAGGAUUACUACUAUCUUGAGCUUAGUAAGCAAGUGAAUGAGUAUUGCCACCGCAGGUGUCCUAGGUUUCUGGCAAAUUUUCGCAAUGAAUUCACCCCUCCAUGGGCGAUCAUCUCAGUGAUUGUUGCUGGCUUCCUCUUCAUUUUUACCCUGCUGCAGACAGAUUGCCAUAAUGAAUAAACAGGUAUGCGUAGACCUCUUUCCUUAUCCCUCUUGACUGCAUAUCUGGGGCAUAUUGGGAUAAUGUUUCAAAAGAGAGAGAGACUGAAUUACUACAAGUUUGUGCAAUCUAGAUCUUGGAGUUACUUCUUUGCGGAGAAUUAUUGUAUAAAUCAGAUAGCACUAAAAAAUAAUGCUCCCUUAGAAAUACAAAAGUAAAGGAUAGGUAUCCAUUAUCCAUUAUGUCUAGGUGAAGAGACCUCUAAGAGUGCAUUGCUAAUGUAUUAUGUUGUUGCUGUUUUAAAAUUAUUUAUCAUAAAAUUACUAUUUGAAAAA